AUGAAUAUUUUUCAGGGAACAGCUUUUACCUUAGAAGAGCGUCAGAUCAUGGGUAUUCAAGGUUUGAUGCCGGCGGCCAUUUUAACACAAGAAGAACAAAUGGUUCGAGUCAUGACAAAUUUCUACAAGAGAAGUAACGAUUUAGACCGGUAUAUUUACCUGAUGGCGCUACAGGAAAGAAACGAGAGAUUAUUUUACCGUGUUUUAUGUGAACAUACAGAAGAGAUGAUGCCCAUUGUGUAUACCCCGACUGUCGGCCAGGCUUGUCAAGAAUAUGGUGUAACAUUUCGAAAACCUAGAGGGUUGUUUUUAUCGAUUAAUGAUAAAGGACAUCUGUUUGAAAUGAUGUGUAAUUGGCCAGAACAAGAUGUCAAGGCUAUUGUAGUAACAGAUGGAGAGCGUAUUUUAGGUCUGGGUGAUCUAGGAUCCUAUGGUAUGGGUAUACCAGUUGGUAAACUGUCGCUGUAUACGGCUCUCGGUGGAAUCGUACCAGAACAAUGUUUACCGAUUUUACUGGACGUUGGCACCAAUAAUGAGAAAUUACUGAAUGACCCUCUGUAUAUUGGGUUAAAACGACCCAGGGUCAAAGGUCAGGAGUAUGAUGAUUUCGUGGAAGAAUUUAUGACGUCUGCAGUCAGAAAGUAUGGUCAGAAUUGUUUGAUACAGUUUGAAGAUUUCGGUAACCACAAUGCAUUCCGUUUCCUGGAGAAAUAUCGUGAUAGAUAUUGUACGUUUAAUGAUGAUAUUCAAGGUACAGCUUCAGUGGCUGCUGCUGGUGUUUUUGCAGCGUUAAGAAUAACAGGGAAGAAAUUAUCAGAUAAUGUUUUUGUCUUUCAAGGAGCUGGUGAGGCGUCUAUAGGUAUCGCUCAGUUGAUAGCUUUAGCAAUGGAAGAAGAAGGAACGAGUACAGAAGAAGCUAGGAGUAAAAUUUGGAUGGUCGAUUCUCGAGGCUUAAUAGUGAAAAAUCGUCCUAAAGGUGGCGUUAGUGGUCAUAAAGUAGAUUUCGCGAAGGAUCAUGAACCUGUAGAUAAACUAGAAGACGUUGUUAGUAAACUGAAACCAACUGUUUUAAUAGGAGCUGCGGCAGUGCCAGGAGCCUUUACCACAAAGAUAUUAAAAGAAAUGGGAGAAUUUAACAAGAGACCAGUGAUAUUUGCCCUCAGUAAUCCAACUAGUAUGUCUGAAUGUACAGCAGAACAGGCCUACCAGGCUACAGAGGGAAGAUGUGUGUUUGCCAGUGGUAGUCCUUUCUCUCCAGUCCAGUUAAAUGGUAAACUCUAUCAUCCAGGACAGGGUAAUAACGCCUAUAUAUUCCCCGGAGUAGCGUUGGGUAUCAUUGCUUGCGGAGUUCGACAUGUAGAAGAUAAAAUAUUUUUACACUCUGCCAAGGCUUUAGCUGAUAUGGUAACACAGGAAAAUCUUGACGAAGGCCGAGUUUAUCCCCCGUUAAACUUAAUACGUGAAGUUUCAGUUCAAAUAGCUACUAAAUUAGCAGAAGACGUAUAUCGCGAGGGUCUUGCUACAACGUAUCCUGAACCUGCAAAUAAAGAGGAAUUUAUUCGCUCCCAUAUUUAUGAACCUGAUUACGAAUGUUUCGUUCCUGAAACUUGGCCAUGGCCACAGAAUUAG